AUGAAUUGGGAUUUCCCUAUUGGUCCAGGUCAUUUCGGGGCAAGCAGGAUAAAGAGGAUGUGCUUCAAGAGAAUGAUUCGGAGUUCUUUGCAGAGAGGAACCGGGCAGUACCAGACACGAGAUAGAUCUUCCAAAGAACAAGGCCUUUUUCGAAUAAACCAAUUCAUUUGGGACCCUGCGGAUCCACUCUUUUUCCUAUUCAAAGCUCAGCCCUUUGUCUCUGUGUUUUCACAUCAAGAAUUAUUUGCAGAUGAAGAGAUGUCAAAGGGGCUUCUUACUCCCCAAACAAAUCCUCCUACGUCUCUAUAUAAAUGCUGGUUUAUCAAGAAGAGGCAAGAAAAACACUUCGAAUUGUUGAUUAAUCGCCAGAGAUGGCUUAGAACCAAUCGUUCAUUAUCUAAUGGAUCUUUUCGUUCUAAUACUCUAUCCGAGAGUUAUCAAUAUUUAUCAAAUUUGUUCCUAUCUAACGGAACACUAUUGGAUCAAAUGACAAAGGCAUUGUUGAGAAAAAGAUGGCUUUUCCCAGAUGAAAUGCAAAUUGGAUUCAUAGAACAGGAGAAGGAUUUCCCAUUCCUUAGCCGGAAAGAUAUGUGUCCAUGA